UUUUAUAUUUAUUUUAUUAAUAUUAUUAUCGUUUAUUUUUGUGUCUCAUGUGUCUUAAUCCUUAAUUUAAAAUGUUAAGAGUUUUCGAUAUAAUAUUGCUGCUAUUUAGGUAGGCAGGUCUAUGUGUUUUAAACGCCGCCCUCAUGAAACGCGUCUCCGGAACACGCGGCGUAACGGGAUGAGCGGCAGCUCGAGCUCAAGCGUUCACUGAUCCACAAUAAACAACAGCGGGACAACCUGUCAGAUUAGACAUUUCUGUUGCAUUUCUUAUCUUAAAAGUAACGACAGGAAGCGACCAUGACUCUAGACGCGCCAGUCAUUUUGGCCGCACUUUUCUUUACGAUUAUUGCCAUUAUAAUCGCAUCGACGCUACUGGCGAAGAAACCCGCGCCUAAGAAAGAAAGCAAGCGACACGCGGAGGAGAGACCGGAGCGGGACACGGACUAUCCGCAGCCCAGAGUGGAGGCUCCAGCUCCGGCUCCAGUGAAGGAGCAGCUCGUUCCCAAGAAAAAGGAAAAGCCGGUUCCUGAAGUCAUCCCAGUGCAACAAACACCUGUCCAGGCAGAGGUAAAGACUGAAAAGGAGGCGGUCAUUGAACCAAAAAAGGAAGAGGAUGUUCCUGUCGCCCCUGUUAUUGAGGAGGUUGGUGUUGUACAGGAGCAUCCUGCAGCUGAACCUGAAGUCAUCCCUGUACACAAAACACCUGUCCAGGCAACUCCAGAGCUUGUACCUGAGGCCAUCGUAGAAUCUGCCCUUGUGGAUGUGCCCAUCGCUGUGACAGAGCAAGUGCCUGAGCAAGUAGAGGUACCUAGACCUGCACCAGAACCAGUGGUUGCACAAGUAGAAGAGCCAGUGCCCGAACCAGUGAAAGAGUCUGUCCCAGAACCAGAGCCUGAAUCAGUGUUAGACGUGCCUGUCCCAGAGUCCACCCCUGGAACCAUCCCAGAGGUGUCUGUCACAGAUCCAACCCCUAAAACAGUCCUAGAGGUGCCCGUCCCCGAGCCCACGACCAAAACGGUGCCAGAGGUGACCAUACCAGAUCCUGCCCCUGAUACAGUCCCAGAGGUGCCUGCCCCUGAACCAGUGUCUGCACCUACUCCUGAACCAGCCUCAAAGGUCGCCGCCCCUGAACCAGUGUCUGCACCUACCCCUGAACCAGUCUCAAAGGUGCCCGCCCCUGAGCCAGUGUCUGCACCUACCCUUGAACCUGCCUCAAAGGUGCCCGCCCCUGAACCAGUGUCUGCACCUACCCCUGAACCAGUCUCAAAGGUGCCCGCCUCUGAGCCAGUGUCUGCACCUACCCCUGAACCAGUCUCAAAGGUGCCCGCCCCUGAACCAGUGUCUGCACCUACCCCUGAACCAGUCUCAAAGGUGCCCGCCUCUGAGCCAGUGUCUGCACCUACCCCUGAACCAGUCUCAAAGGUGCCCGCCUCUGAGCCAGUGUCUGCACCUACCCCUGAACCAGUCUCAAAGGUGCCCGCCUCUGAGCCAGUGUCUGCACCUACCAUUGAACCAGUCUCAAAGGUGCCCGGCCCUGAACCAGUCUCUGCACCUACCCCUGAACCAGACUCAAAGGUGCCCGGCCCUGAAGCAGUGUCUGCACUUGCCCCAGAGCCAGCAUCUGAGCCCACUCUUGAAGCAGAACCUUCGCCCAUCCACGAGGCCUCUUCAGCAGCUGAAUCAGCUCCAGAGGUCCCUGAGAAUAAUGAUGUUGCAGCUGCCUCUGUGACAGAUGAGGGUGAGACCCCCGCAGUUGUGCCCGGUAAGAAGAGAACCACCAAGUUUGAGAAGAGAAUGGCCAAGGAAGAGAUGGAAGAAGAGCAAAGGGUGCAGCAGGAACAAUUGGAUGCAAUCUUCAAGCUGCUCCGAGAGAACCAGGAGACAUUUGGAGAGAUGACGGAGGGUGACGAGGAGGAGCAACUCAAACUUUACACUCUGUAGUCUUACUAACCCACCUCAGUUUCAUGUAGGACAGAAAAUGUUUUAAGUAACAUGGGCAUUUCACACAGCACUUCACACUGGUUUUCACAUCCUCCUCCUUUAUGUUUGGGGUCCAAGACACCCCAAUACUUUACUGUAUGUACAUAAUAAUCAUUUUAAAUUUACUUCUUGUUUUCCCUUUCAAAUGGUCUUUACAUGUACACUGAAAACCCUAAUGAGUUGACUUUACUCAAUUUAUUGAGUAAACUUGUUCCAUCAAUUAAAUUGAGUAAUGGGAUCUCCAAAACUUUUAGCGGUUAAGUUGAAUUAACUCGGUGAUCAUCAAUGAACUUAACUAUUUAGGUUAAUGAAACUAGAUGCAGUUAGAUUUAACUCAGAUUUGCUAUUUUUAUUUCAAUCUUGUUGUUUCUACUUUUUUAGAAUUUGAAUUGAACUUACUCAAAUUUAGAUCAUACAAUAAAACAGCUCAGUUAAAGAAGAUUAUAUCCAAUUCUAGGUCAAUCAUUUAGUAAACUUAAGUCUCCACAGAAGUGCAUAUAUACCUGUUCUUCAGUUAAAAGUGAAAUGGAGUGAACAGGGUCCAACUUGACCAAAGGGGACAGAUUACCUUAAUGGUGACAUCACACAAAACAACUAAACGCAACAAAACAGCAUAACUAAUCAUUCAAAAGAGCUCAAACCUCUAUGAAUUCUUAACUAUGUUUAGAUGCCCCUAUAAGUUCCCUUUGACCAAGAGAACAGAGUUUAAUAAUUCAAGUGCAAGGCUCAAUGUUGUGCUCUGUCUAUUGAGUAAUUAACACUUAAAAUCAAACUUUUACAUUUUUAAGAAAAAUAAGUUCAAGGAACAUAGAUAUUUGAGUCAUGAGUCCAAAACUUGUCAUAUCAAGUCAUGUUUAAUUCCAGUAAUGACAACAUUAGGGUUUGCAGUGUGCCUCUGCCCUAAUUGAAACCUAUUUAACACACAGUUAUGUUCCUCUGUUUUACCACAAAGUUGCGUGUACUGCUACAGUGUGUAUACCAAUUAGAAAUUAAUUCAUUGCACAUUCUGUUUUAUAUUUGGGGUAGAACGAAACCCAGGAUUAUGUUGGCCCAAACAUUUUAAGUGUGAAAUGCCCAUUAAUACAGUAAAGCAGGUUAAAUAUGAUCACUGUGUACAGUAAAACUCUUGAUGUAUGACACACAGGUACUGUAGUGGUCAAAUGACUAUGUCAGCUGAUUUUUGAAAAUCUCUUUUUCUAUUUAAAAAAAAUAAUAAAAAUAGUGUGUGUGAGUGGUAUAGCCUAUGUUAAUCUAUUUAUUUUUGUGUUUAAUAUGAAUUAAUGAAUGAUAACUAAAAAACUUUUUUUUUUAUUCAGACAACACAAGAAAACCGCGUUUAUGCGAGAUUUUAAAUAAUCUGAUUAUUUUCUGCUUUUGUCAUGCACACAGGUAAGGACACCAUUAAAGGUUUUAGCUGCAA